GUCAGUCCGGAAGUGACGCGUUGAGAGAGGCGGCCCAGCGAGUGUUCUAGAAGCUGGGCCUUGGCCUGGGAUUGGGACAAGGAGAGCGGGGAAACGAUGGUGGAUUAUAGCGUGUGGGACCACAUCGAGGUGUCGGAUGAUGAGGACGAUACCCACCCGAACAUCGACACGGCCAGCCUGUUCCGCUGGCGGCACCAGGCUCGUAUCGAGCGGAUGGAGGAAGCACAGAGAGAAAGAGAGGAGUAUGAGAAGGCAUGUGGGGAUUGUAAGCGUAAGCUCAAUGAGUGCCAGAAGAAGCUGAAAGAUUUGCAGCUGCUGGAAACAGAUGAUGCAAAGAAAGAGAUUGAAAAGUUACAAGCUGAGCUCAAACAGCUGAAAAAGGAAGAGAAGGAAUGGGAUAAAAAAGGGAUUUCGCUGAUGAAGAAAGAAAAGGCAAUGCCUUGGAAUGUAGAUACGCUGAGUAAAGAGGGAUUCAGCAAGAGUGUUAUUAAUAUAACUCCAGAAUCGAGCAAAGUUGAAACAGAGGAAGAUAAAGAAAAAAAACACAAAACAUUUGUUGAAAAAUAUGAGAAACAGAUCAAGCACUUUGGCAUGUUAAGUCGCUGGGAUGACAGCCAGAAAUACCUAUCUGAUAAUCCCCAUCUUGUGUGUGAAGAGACUGCGAACUACCUUGUCAUCUGGUGCAUUGAUUUAGAAGUUGAAGAGAAGCAUGCCCUGAUGGAGCAGGUAGCCCACCAGACAAUAGUGAUGCAGUUUAUCCUGGAACUAGCCAAGAGCCUUAAGGUGGAUCCCAGAGCUUGUUUCCGACAGUUCUUCGCUAAAAUCAAGACAGCAGAUAAACAAUACGUUGAGGCAUUUAAUGAUGAGCUCGGAGCAUUCAAGGAGAGGGUUAAAGGUCGUGCUCAGGCAAGGAUAGAGAAGGCGAUGAAGGAAUAUGAAGAGGAGGAACGACAGAAGCGGUUGGGACCUGGUGGGCUUGAUCCUGUGGAGGUGUACGAAAGCCUUCCUGAUGAGAUGAAGAAUUGCUUUGAUUCAAAAGAUAUUCAACUUUUGCAAGAUGUAAUUAGUAAAAUGGACCCAACAGAAGCGAAGUACCAUAUGCAACGCUGCAUUGACUCUGGGCUCUGGAUUCCAAAUGCCAAGGCUGCAGAGGAGGAAGGAGAGAAGAGCAAGGAAGAUGAGGAUCCUGUGUAUGAAGAAGUUAAAAAGGAAAGCAGUGAAGAAAAAUAAACUUGUAUUUUGUUUCUAUAUCUGCUAGUUUUAAGUGCUGUGUUGAGUUACAGACUGCAUCCUGUUCACUGACCCAUAGGGGUCCAUGUAAGUUCAAUAUACCAAUCUAUUGAAUGGAAGAUUAAAGUCCUUUACGAAUCAACUGCUUUUUGUAUGAAAACACACACGGGUUUUGAGAGCAUGCAGGCUGCUUUACUCCUGUGCAGCAACUGGAUCAGCUGGCAUCUGUGCAAGUGACACCUUCUCCAUUGUCAGACUGAGAGCUUACUACUUCCCCCAUUGCUUCCUUGAGUUAAUGUGCAUCAUUCUCUAUGGUGCUGAGCCAUACAGCUGGGAAGGUGCCAAGUUACCCAACUGGGACACUGCAGUGAUGUCCUGUUGAGCAGCUUCCUGAUGGUCUUGGUCUCAGUUGAGGCCCGUGCACUGGUUUCAUGGGAGAGGGACUGUUGAGAGUGAGUGAGCAACCACUGCCUCUGGAACUGGACCCUACACAAUACUUGGGAAGAGAGAAUCUGCAACAUGGUUUGUUGAAAAUUCUACAAAACGAUGGGGUGAGACACAUCUGUAGGACUGACUUAGUUCAUAUCUUUGUAAAAUUGGAACAAGAAUAUAAAAAUAAAAAGUAGAGACCCUAACCAAAAUUAUUGCUGAUAUUUCAUGUGUCUUUUUAAAUCUUGACUGGCAGUAACUUCAUAUUUGAGUAUUCGUUUUGUGUGACUCUAGAUCCAAGUGUUUUGCUCCUCCAAUCUGAGCCCAUUCCUUGGGGUGAGGGGAGGUGUAUGCAGACUGCUGAGUUUUUCAUGUUUUGGUUUUGGGUGAGGGAUUUGCAUCAAUUUCAACAUACGCUUUUAUAUUCAGUUCUUUUGAAUUCUGAGCUGAAACCACAAUAGUGUUCUCUACAUUUUGAGUUUGACUUCUUCCAUUUGUCUCAAAUUUUAAUGAAUCCUGUGUGCGCAGAUUACAGCUUGGAGACACUUGUUCUGUUGGGGCCAAUGUUGCAGAUACUGCCUGAUAGUAUGACCUAUUUGGUCUGGACUGGUUGCUGCUUGUGAGCGACGUAGUAGUUGUAACAUUCGUUUCUUGUUGUUGGCCGCCACAUAUGCAAAUAAAAUAUGCAGUAAAAAGC